GUAAGUAGCCGUGUACGAAGGGGUGAGUGGAGGAGGGAGUGCAGACGACACGUCACUCAGUCUGCCGUCACUUCCCGGACGGGGAAGAUGACUGUCUCGCGUAAUUACUGACACUUUCCUCACCUUCAGCCACCCGUCUUGACUCACAGUCACAUGUAGACUUGCAAGAUGUCAGAGAAGUUGCAAGAUAAUCCCUUUGCUGCACUCUUCUGCACAGUGAAGGAUGCAGAGCAGUUCAGCAAGCAACAGCAGGAAUUUCACAUUCACCAAAAGCCACUCGUAGAUGCACCCAGAAGACCAACGAAUAACAACAAUGAGGAAAACACAACUGACUUCCUUGAGGAUUUGCUGCUAGUGACGACCAGACCAGGACCAUACGCCUCCCCUCGGGUGCUGCUAACAGACACUGAAAACCUCACUACGGACACACUUCAGCUUGUGCUAUUUGAGCGGUUACUGUUAGAAAAUCCAAAUACACAUGUAGUAGGACUUGGGGGUGAGGGAAGAGAAGAAGCUGGAAGAGUGGAAGUGGUUGUAUACCUGAGUGAAGUGUAUGGGAGAUGUUGGGCUGCCAGAGACAAGCCAUUUGCCAAAGUGGCCAGACAGGUCCAGGGAGCUGUGAUAACCAACCUUGCCACAGCCUUGGAGCAGCCAGAGCUCUACCGUGGCCAGUACCCUGACCGACAAUUACGUCAGAUUCUCUUGAAGGGCUUGGGUCAGGAAUCUGCAGUGGAGGACCUUGCUAGUAAUCUAAUUGAACACCUAGCUGAUCAAGGAGCAACACCACCUCUACUAUUUGAACAGCUCAUUGUUGAUAUCACCAAACAGCUUGAACAGUGUUCACUCAUGACAGUCAAUUACCAGUUGGUGAACAUAUUAGACUUUUAUGCUGCUUCGCCAUUCCUUGCAAAUCUCAUCAUCAAGACCCCAGAAAAGGUAAAUCAGGACAAGACUGGUCGAGCUUAUCAGCAUACACCCCUGGGCAGCUUGCUCUCCUUGUCAUGCCUUCCUAAACAUGUAGCUGCACAGUACGAGUUCUUUGAGAAGCCGUCAUCACAGCCAGGCCAGGUGCACAAGGACACAGAGAACAGCAUAUGGCUGGCCCAGAAUAAUAUAAAUUCAAGGGUUUACAAAAUCUUCUACAUGUUGCUUAAGGUAUCACCAGAGGCCAAGGCGGGGUUGUUAACCUGGGUAGAAUCAUGCCUUGCAGCAAACAGUGGGCGUGCUGGCUUGUGGCAUGUUCAGGGAGGAGGAGGAUUACAGCUGGCCACGUUUGUGUCUGACGGAUUUAUGAUUAAUCUUGGUGCAGUGAUGUUACAGCUGGCACAGCCAUUUACACAAGAUCUUAAGACUGCCAAAAUACUUAAGGUUGACCCCACAUAUUGUGCAGCUCCACGAGUGGGAGGCAACAAUGGAGUGCCUGGAGCAUACACAGGAGACCUCGGGAAACAGACCACACUGGUCCCUCGUCCAGAUAAUUCACCUCGCUCUUAUACCAAGCAGUAUUCCUUCAUCAGUGCCUGCUUUUUUAUGACUCACCGAGCUCUACAUCUUGGCAUACAGGUGGUUCAGCAGAAACUUCACAAGUUGUCUCAGGAGCUGGGACGCAUGCAACGUGAAUUUCAAGAUGCCUCUGCUCAAGGGUCACCAGCUACAGAGAUGAUGCGUUCGCACAUGGAGUCACGCACCACUAGUCUUCUCUCCUUCAAAGCUGCUGUCUUUGAACCUCACAUGGCUGAAAGCCUAUUGCAUUUUCUGGCAGCAUCUGCUGAAUGGCUGGUACAAAUGGCUCUUUGCCCUCCCAAUCAACUCAGUCCUCCAACUACUCUACAUGAAGUUAAAGUGCCACUUCCUGAAGACACAGAUGCACACAUUUUUCUGCAAUGUAUUCCUGAAUUCCUAGUAGAGACACUUACAGAGACCAUCAGUGCUGUUCGGAGAUACAGCGCUGGGCUUUUGGACUCGACGGGAGGCAGUCUAAUAUUGCCCCACCUUAUGUCUUUCAUAGUUGUAUUCAUGGGUUCUCCAAAACGCAUGAAUAAUCCCCACCUUCGUGCCCACCUUGCAGAAUGCUUAGAAACUCUCCUUCCAGAGAGUAGCAGUUCUAGUGGAGGAUUUCUUUCAGGUUACCGAGAGCAGCUAUUUACUAAGCAUCCUGCAUCGCCACAGCUUGUUCCAGCUCUUCUUCAUGUGUUUGUCAGCAUUGAAAUGACUGGCCAGAGUGUUUCCUUUGAAGAUAAGUUCAACUACAGAAGACCUAUGUAUGAGGUGAUAAAAUAUUUAUGGGACUUGCCAAAACACAGAAAAAGGUUUACAGAAUUGGCUGAAGAAUCUCUGGCAAACAUGGAGUCUGCCAAGCCUCCGUUAUUCCUGCGCUUCGUCAACCUCUUGAUAAAUGAUGCCAUUUUCUUGUUGGAUGAAGGGCUGUCAUACAUGUCACAACUUCGAGAAACUCAACUAGAGAGAGACAGUGGAGAUUGGUUGAAUCUUCCUUCUGCACAGCGGGCUGAGAGAGAGGGAAAUUUCCAGCACAUGUCCCUCUUUGCCCGCUUUAACAACAUGCUUGGAGCACACACCAUCCACACACUUAUCAGACUCACUAAAGAGAUUCCCCAGAUGUUUACCCACAAUACUCUUGUCGACCGCAUGGCUGCCAUGCUCAACUACUUCCUCUCUACACUCGUGGGCCCAAAGCAACGCAACCUUAAGGUACGGGAUAUGGAGAAAUAUGAGUUCCGUCCUGGUGAGACAGUUUUCGACAUAUGCACAAUAUACACUCAUCUUUACAAGAGCGCAGGAUUUUGUCUUGCCGUGUCAGCUGAUGGAAGGUCAUACACUCCUCAGCUGUUUUCUCAAGCCCAUGCUGUAUUAUGUCGUAUUGGGCGUGGAACACUGGCGGAAGAGCUUGAGGUGGUGGCAGAGAAGGUGAAGGAGGCUGGGCAAGCUAAUGCUGAGGAAGAAGACAUUGCUGCUGAUGCCCCAGAGGAGUUCCUUGACCCAAUCAUGUCACACUUAAUGGUUGACCCAGUUAUUCUGCCAUCAUCUAGGUUAACAUGUGACCGGCAAACCAUUGCACGACACCUUCUGUCUGACCAGACAGAUCCUUUCAACCGUCAGCCACUCAACAUGGAGGAGGUCCGUCCCAACACCGAACUCAAGGAGAGAAUAACUGCCUGGUUAAUAGAACAGCGUGCAUUAAGAGCAAAGAGGUCCGAGACCCAGGUGGAGGAGUUAAAAGAUUCACCUUAACCUAGGAAUACAGUAUAAAUUAAUUUUCCCUUUUUAACAUGUGCAUGACUGUUGAAAACCUCUAUUAGAUAUAUUAGAUAAUGUUACCAUAUAUAAAAACUUGUUACCCAUUUUUAUAUCAAAACUGCAAAUACAAAAAUAUAAUAGUGUCAACAUCAAUUUAAUGGUGUUGGUGUUUUAUUUUUGUUUAUUAUUCAAAAGUUUAUUAAAUUGUUUAAUAUUUUAUUAAAGAAAUAUGUAUCUGAUAUGUUGUGAUAUUCACUGUAAACAUUAGUUGUACAGUCCUCUCUUGAUUAGUAAGGAAAAAUCUUUAAUAAAUUUUGUGUUAUAA